GAGCAGAAGAACUCGUCAAAAAGAAGAUUCUCGGGAAAAUCAUUUCCUUAUUUCACUUCUGAGUACAGGGCAUGGCAGCCGCAUCCGAUGCCUUCCUGCCUGCGAAGCCGGCUGUUGGUGGCCUUCUACUCGUCAUGGAUGCUGUCCAGAAAGUCCAAGACGAAAAAGCCGAGAACAAGCAGCUCCUGAAGAGGAUCGAGACUAUUGGUGGAAUGUUGAAAGAAGUAGUAGCAUCGCCAGGCGCUGAUUUCCCUGAGGAGUUACAAGGUGUUGUUGCUACUCUUGAUAGCGUUUUGGUUAAGACUGCAGAUGAACUAUCAAUCGAGUUGGGAAAAUGUUUUUUCAGCCGUUUCUUUCUCCUACCAAUGCGAUCUGGCAUGUCGAGAAGGUUCCGUCAGGAGAUCGUAACUGCAGUGGAAGAUUACAAGCUUCGCCUACUCGCUUGUUGUCCUACCCACCAAUCAAUUACACACGUCUGCCACGCUUCUGCACAAAACAAUAACGACAAUGGCCGUCAUCCUCUUACGGUACUUCUGACGCUCGACAAGUAUACAAUCACAGAAGUCAAUGUAGUGUUUUCGAUGCUUCGUAGAACCCUGUCCUUCUAUGCUCCUUUUUUUUAAGACC